AUGCAACCGGCCUCUUCUGCAGGACUAGUACUAGUUCUGAACCCGUCACAGAGCCACUUUCCAACUCAUCUUCCAGAGCUUAUCAAUAGUACGGGCUCUCCUUCUGCCUCGGAGCCGUGCCUCACGGAUCCUCGACGCGUUGGCAGCGGCGUUAUCUGCCCUCCGGCGCCGCCUCUCUCGUCGUCUGCCAUUGUGCUCCUACCGUAUCUCCACGUUGUGAGUCCGGCCCCCAACCUCCGAGGCCAACAACCACUAUUCACGGUCCUGAAGCCGAUGCCGCACCAUUUUCGGCUCUGUCCGCAGCCUCAGUCGGCCGCUCUCCUUCUCGAAAAAUCAUUUCGACUCCUAACUCCUGCAAAACCUAACACUAUUGUCAAACUUUUUAAAGUUUUUUGGAAAAUCUUUGCUGGGGCAACACUGGAAAAGCUCUUAGGCUUGAAUAGGUCCAUGCUUUUCAUACAUUCAAGCAAGGUUUUCCAAUAAACUACAAUUAUUCGAAGUUUGAAUUUCAAUCUACUUCACAGCCCAUCUCAAAAAACUGAAAAACUUGCUGACGAAAAAUUCUUGAUAACCUCUUCGUGUCAAAGUUUCUGCUAUGAAGCCGUCUAGUCUCUUCAAACAUGUCAAUUUAUAUUUUGAUAUCCCAUGUUUCCGAAAAGGAAUAACCCAAAAAAAUUUGCAUAUUCCUAAAAAUUUCUUCCUUAAAACUAACCUAUGCUCCAUGAAACCUGUCCACAAACAAGGAUGAUUCCAUCUUUGUCUCUCCCCAUAUAAUCGCAAACCUCUGAUCCUACAGUAGUUUUCACGCUACAGUGUACCGCUUCCAGAUGCGCUUGGGUGUAUUCCUGCUGGCGGCGUUUGCCGCUGGGUGUUGUGCCUCAACAUCCGAAACACCAGAAUGUAUCGUUGGUAACGCCCUCGUCAGAUCAGGAAUUGUAGAGUCAAAAAGUGUUGAAUCCGUACGUCUUCGCCUACUGUAGCUUUGGGAAUAUUGUGACUUUUACAGAGAGUAUGCGAUGGAUUGUGUCGGAAGCAGUCGAUUCAAGACGGCGCCACCACCCUCGUUCUCUUCUCCUGCGAAGACAACAAGGUACCUUCUUUUCAUAGGUUACAUUAUAUUGAAUCUAGUUUGAUAUUUGAAUUCCGACAAAAAAAAAGCCGUUACCUCAUAGUUUCCGAUGAUCUGACUGGCUACAGUAGUCAAAACAUCAACAAAAAAUUCUUUCAGAUUUUGUAGAAUAUUACUAUUUUUCAAAUUAGACCAAUAUUCCAAAAUAGUUCCUUUAGAGAAAAAAUAACACUGUUGAUGUGAUUUUUUGUGCGUGCAUUGAAUUUUGGAAGCACUUGAGGACAGCUUAUCAAUUUGCCACUGGUUGCACGUCGCUUAUCAGCAUAAUUGAUUAAAAGGGCUUAGUGCCACGUUGAGUACUCGAGUUUGAUAAGAAGAAAAAAAGCGGUGAAUUAAACUCGUACGACAAUCCAGGAUCUAGCUGAUUGACAGGGGAACGAAUGAAUGAGAGUUUAGAUGGAAGUCUGGCUGAACUCGGACCAGUCUUGCUCGGAGUCCAAACUCGAGAACUCGUGCUUCUGCCGCGGUCAGGAGUGCAACAAACUCUCGCUUCCCGAGCAGAUCCCCGAGCCAACUUCUGUUGACUUGGCCAAGUGAGUCCAAGAAUAUCGAAAUAGACAAGAAACAAUAAUAGAAGGGGGAAUUCUGCGAUAUGAAGAAGUAAAGCCUAUGAAGUAAAAAAGAUUCAAAAAAACCUACUAUUCGAAACUUUCAAAAUGUCUUGACGAAAAAAAGGUUUACCCAGCCAAAACUUUCCCAAAAAAAACUUGAAACUUGGAGAAGAUUUUUCAAAAAAUAUUGAGAGCACUAAAAAAUCAGUUUUAAAACCGUUAUUUUCAAAAGGAAAUGUAUGUACCUUUAUCGAAAGUAAUUGUCAGAAGAAAGAAGCAUUUGAAAAAAUGUUUCUAAUUCAAAAUUUCUAAACAUUCUUCCCAAAAAACUUCAAAAAGAAAGUAUAAAAAAAUAUUUCUGAAUAACAAAUUUUUGAAAAUCAACUCCAAAGCUACAGUAACCCAUUGCUGCUAUCAAAAACUCACUUUUUUCUCUCUCUAUCUCUCCUUCUCGAUGGCAAAAAGCCACGUUUUGCCGUCAGAUUGUUUCAACGCGGCCAACGUGUCAGGCCCCGUUAUCUCCUUUUUUUUGUAGAGAUAGACGCUGAAACUUUUCACUACAAGUCGUAAAAACUCGGCUAGCCGUCUUCUUAUCACAUACACGUAACACAUUCGUUUCCAAAAGCUCAAGCUUUUUAUGACCCGCAACGAUCCGUUUGACAUGAAAAAAAUAAACUAAUCGAAAAUAAAAAAAUAUAAAAAAAUAUUCAAUAAAUGAAUCGACUUUUUUUGAAAAAAAUUAUAGGACUUCAAAAAAAAUGUGUUUUUGUUGAAAUUUAAAAUCCAAAGAAUCCUCCUUAGGUUUUACAGUCUACCAAAAAAUCCUUUUUGAAGUGAACGAAGGAAAAUAACGUUUCUGAUAAAAUCGGAAACUGAAAACUGAAAAAGGACGGCUUUUCGCCUAGAUGAAUUUUUUCAAAGUUUUUUGUGCUCUUUCGAAAAUUCCAACGAGGAAUUCUAAACAAACUGCAAGGCCUCGAAAAUUAAUGGAAAAAAACACGAAAAGAGUGAAGGAAGUUGCGUAAAAUCAAAAUAAUGGGAAAAGAAAAGAAAAAUAAUUUUUUUGUUCAUAUUCGCGUUAGGGCACUUUUUCACUUCAAUAAGAGUUUUUUUUUGAAAAUUUUGAUGCACGUUCAAUUUUUCUAGUUUUUAUUGCUUUUUUUGCAUUAUAGAUAAUAGAUAACUAUAUAGAUAACUUUCUUUCAUAACUAUUUUUCACAACUAUUUUUCACUACCUUUUUAUUGUUAUUAAAAUUGAAAGUUCACAGCAACGUCAUUUGCUACAUGGGAUAUUGUCUAUUUCUGUAGAUAUAUAUUUAUAUAUUUAUAUCUUUUUUUAUCUUUUUUUAUAUAUUUUUUUCUUCAAAACGAUUUGAAAAAUUUUUCUUUCUAUAUUUGAAAAAAAUCUUUUUAUUUGUUUCUUUAAAUUGAUUAUUUCGAGCGUAUUUCUUGUUUUUUUAAACUUAAUUUUUUCAGCAACAUCGCUUGCUUCACUGGAUUUGCCGCUAACAACUCGUUCAGCCAAGGUACCACCAUUCGGUGCGCGCCAGGAAAUGCCUGCAUCAAGCUUAAUGGAACUUACCAGAACUUCGAUGCCGAGGUGAUAAUUCGACAUGUUUUUGGAUUUCAAAUGUUAUGAAAAAUGGAAGAAGAAAAAUAUAUUUUCAGUGAAUAUUUUAACAUAAAGAAGGACUUUAUAAGAAUUUUCUCAGAUCUACGCUUGCAUGCCCGCCGCCGUCUGCACCAACCUUCUCGGAGACCCCAACACUAGCGGAACCAAGUGCGCCAGCCUCCAAGGAUCUCCCAUCCAAGGCUGCUGCUGCUACGACGGUAAGAUCCUCCAGCUCCGCCCCCAACUCUCCCGUUUGCAGCCGACUGCACGACGCUGGUCAGCCCCGGAAUCACCGUCCCGACGCCCGGACCCAUCGGAGGAAACAACAUCCAAUGCUACCAAGGCGUUGCCAUCAACGGCGUCCCCAUGUACAACGGCACCUUCAACCAGUGCCAGGGCGAGUGCGGCUCCGUCCGAAUCCGCAGUACCCUCAACGGCCAGAACAUCUGGGGCGAGGUCUUCUCCUGCGACCCAGUCAGCAUCUUCUCCAACCUCAACAUUGACAACCAAUGCCGUACCAUCGACUCGACAAAUGUCACCGGUGAGCAGCUGCGAAUAAUUGUUUCAGAGAAGCGCUAAAGCGUCUUUAAGGAUUUUACGUAAAACUCGAGUUUCAGGUAUCCCGACCGCCUUGAUCACUGGCUGCGCUUGCAACACCGACAAGUGCCUGGACCCCACCGCUUUCCCGCCAGUCUACCCAGUCCGCCAGCUCAAGGUACCUCCAGGAAGACCAUGUGAUCAUUGAAAGGAACGAUUCAGUGCGCCGUGGGUCUGUACAACGGCUCGACUUGGCUCGGAGCCGAGAUGGGCUGCGACGGCCGUUGCGGUCGUCUUGCGUUCAAGUUCAACGGCCAGAACGUCAAGUACUACACUUGCGCUCCGUACUCGAUCUGCGCCGGAUUCGGUCUCGAGAGCAGCGAAGGACUCACCUACAACCCGCCCCAGGACGAGGAGCUCGAAGCCUACUGCUGCUCCGCCUGGGUACUUUCAUCUCCAACAAGUUCCUACACAAACUAUGUUUCAGAACAACUGCAACGUCGACGAGCCUUCCAUCGCCAGACAAGUCAACAACACCGCCGUUUCCACCGUCAAGUACCCCAUCCUCUGCUACGGAGGUUUGGAAUCGAGAAAAAAUAAUAUCGAAACAAAAAACUAAGUUUUUAAUAUGAGACGAAACAUUUUAAUGAGGUGUAUUUAUUUGAUAAGAUUUAGAGAACAAAAGGAGUGAUUUUCUAACAACUCACGCUUCCAGGAAUCUGGGUGAACGGCGUCCCAAUCACCGGCUCCUCCUACGGCCUCUGCCAAGGAGAAUGCGCCUCGGCCAACUUCAUGACGACGAUCGGCAGCGUCCAGCACAACGCCACCAUCUACACCUGCGACCCCGUGACGAUGUGCAGCAGCGCCGGCAUCAGCAACGGCUGCAGCAGCGUGUUCGGCGUGAACGCUUGCUGCUGCGACAGCGACACGUGUCUCGACCCGACCCGCGGCGCGGCUCGUCCCAACCUUCGCUGCUACGCCGGUAUCUCUAUCCCUGGCGCCAGCUACAACCAGGGCGGCGACAUGUUCUGCGACGGCUGGUGCGGAAGCCUCAACGCCACUCUCAACGGCAACGCCACCACCGUCUACUUCUGCGCCCCCAUCGACAUGUGCCGCUUCUACGGCCUCGGCAUCGGCGGAGCCAACACCUGCGGAAGCAUCGUCGGCGCUGACCCACCUGUCACCGGAUGCUGCUGCUCUGACAGCGUUAGUCGAACUGAUAGCAUCCAAAAAUAGUUGAUUUGAAGAGAUCCAUAGAAAUCCAGAAAACCCUAACUUUGAUUGAUACAAGUCAGUAAGGCCAGUAGGUUUUAUUGAAUGGUCGAAAGAUCAAGGAAAUUGUCAUUAUGGAUCGAAAAAGUUGAUAGAGCAUUAUUUUUCUUCUUUGAGUAGCCCCAUCAUCCCAUAGAACUUGGAUCUUGUAGAAUAAUUUUCUUUUCCCGUAAAGAUCUUUUUUUUUUUCAAAAAUAAUCUAUUCUCCCGAUUAACAGCUCUGAAACUCUUUUUUAUAACCUGAAAAGAUUCUAAAAAUUGGAGCUUGUAGGACAACUGCCUGGCCCCUCCCGGCGUCAACGUGACGGCGAUCCCAGCCCGCGUCGAUCCCAAGAUCGUCUGCUACGAAGGUCUUUACAUCAACGGAAACAACGCCACUCGCCCAUAGUUUGCCUCUCUCUUGGCUACAGUAUCCUACAGUAUUCAUCUUCCAGCUACCGUAUCUGCGACGGUGAAUGCGUCUCCAUGCAGAUGGGAGGAACCAUCAACGGCACCACUCAUUUCGCCACUCUCUACACUUGCGACCCGUCCAGCGCCUGCGCUUCCAUCGGUAGGAUAGAAAUAGUCACAGAUUACUGUAACUUUCGUUGCAGGAGUCCGCAACAACUGCUCGACGAUCGAACCUUCCUUGAACGUGUGCUGCUGCGAUUCCGACGAGUGUAUCGACCCUACCGUCCAGCGUGUGGUAAGACUGCUUGGGUUACUGUAAGACUACGGUGUUUCUCAGCCCGGAAGACAGCUCCUCUGCUACGUCGGUGUCAAGAGUACCUACAACAACCUUUCCGUCGGAGCUGAGGUUUGGAGACUUCUGAAGUCCAAGAAGAAGGAAGGUUUUGUGUGUAGAUUGCUUGCAACGGCUACUGCGCCUCCAUUUCUUCCCACCUCGGAGACGGAUACGACAUCGUCGCUUUCCACUGCGCUCCCCGAUCUGUUUGCAGGUGAAAAAUCCGAGUUCGAAUCUACCAAAUAAGGCUAGAUCUCUCAAAAAGCGAUUAUAAAAAAAUAUUGACCCCCUGGAAACUUCCACAGUGACGCCAGACAAAAAAAUUCGAACUUUAAUUCCUGAGAAAAAGAGAAUAAGAGCGAUUUUAAAAUGAAAGACAUUUUCAAUUACUUUUUUUGAGUUAUGUACUUAUUUUUCAUGAAUUGAUCGAGCUUCAUUUUGAAUUCCUUUCAGCCAAAAGAGGCUUUGAUUCACAAUCAGAAAAGAAUCUUCUCACAGAAGUUCAUUUUCAGAUCCCUCGGUCUGGACAACUCGAACAACACCCUGUACCUGGACCGCGCCGUCACGGCCAGCUGCUGCGACAGCUCCAACUACUGUAACACCAUCGGCUACAACGUCAACCUCACCGGCCUGACCGUCUCGCAGAACGAGCAGCCCAGAGCCUGCUACCAGGGAAUCUUCGUUAACAGCCAGCCCGUGUCCUCCGCCGGGUUCGUGUGAAAACUAAAAAAAAAGCCUUGGUUUUGAAAAAGAAAGUGGAUCCAUUAGGUAUCUUUAUUUGAAAAAAUGUGCUGAUUGGAAAAUUCGGUUAGCCUACGAAAAAGGAGACAAGUGCCUUUAAAAGGGUUUUCCAAUAUCGAGCAAAUUUCAGACUUUACUCUCUUCUUCUCUAAGCUCUUGUGUUGAACCAUGUUUUUUCGUCAUAUUUUUUUCUUUCGACCUUCUGGACCAUUGACUUUUUCAGAUGGACCGCCUGCCUCGGAGACUGCGUCGCCGUCAACGUCAACACGACCUACAACAACCAGGCGAUCACUGCCUCGCUCUACACUUGCGACCCGACCACCGUCUGCCGUGGACUGAGUAGGCCUUCUUCCGCUUUUGAUCUUCUCUGAAAUUUGUUCCAAAGAACCUUACGUCGAGUCUUUUUUCGCAAUGAGAGAAAGUCUGAAUUUCCUGAAGUAACUAAAAAUAACUGCCUUCUGAGGAACCCAUCCAGUUUUAAAAGCCCUCCUGUUGCAGACGCGACCAACCGAUGCACGUCGAUCGAGCCCGGAUACGUCGAGGCUUGCUGCUGCGAUUCUGACGCCUGCCUUGACCCCACCGUCAACCCGCCACGCAAGCCCAACGGAGGAGACGGCAACUUGUGCUACGUCGGAGUCUACUCCUACGACAGCAGCAACAACACGAUCCUCAACGCCGGUGGAGAGUCUUACUGCGCCGGAACCUGCGCCUCGAUGACGUCCAAGAUUGGAGGAAACACCGUCACCGCCUACGCCUGCUCUCCCAACUACAUCUGCAGGUUUCCAAAUAAAAGUCUAUCCAUCUAACUUGUACAAAUUCAGCUACCUCGGCCUCUACGACGACUGUAACUCGGUCGACUUCGACCGCACCGUUUCUGGAUGCUGCUGUACCAACGGCCCCAACUGCAACUUGGACCAGGUCUCCCCUCGUCCUCCGCCAACGCCGCGUGGAAUCAGACGUCGCGAAUUCCCGAUCACCUGCCCUGCCGGCAUCGUCAUCAACAACGUCUCUGUGACUCCUCUUGAGUGAGUCACAUGGAACCUUCACAGUCUUAAAUCCGUUCUUUCAGGUUCCAAGUGUGCAACGGCGACUGCGCUUCGAUCACCAUCAACGGAACCAUCGGAUCUACGCCGCACAUCGCGACCCUCUUCUCUUGCGAUCCUUCCAACGUCUGCCAACAGCUCAACCUCACCAACAACUGCGGAUCUCCCGAACCAGGACUCACCGGCUGCUGCUGUAACACCGACGCUUGUCUCGACCCCAGACGCGGAAAAUACGUGCCGACGCCUCCUCUCACCUGCUACGUCGGUAUCUACUCCGAGUUCAACCCAGCCCUCCGAACUGGUGCCGAAAUCCCGUGCAGCGGAAAGUGCGCUCAAUUGAACACCACCGUCGGAACCGACAACGCUCACGUCUUCGCCUGCGUUCCCCACAGCGUCUGCAGAUCUCUGGAGCUCUACGACACCUGCUCUCGUCUUGGCUAUCCCUACCUGGAGUUCGACGCCUGCUGCUGCGACAACUACGACAACUGCAACGUUGGCCUCGUCGGAAUGAAUGACCGCAUCAACACCUCGAUUCCGAUCACGCCCCUCGACGACUUCCCCAUCUCCUGCUACUCUGGAUUGUUCAUCAACGGAACGGCCUACAGCUCGGCCGGAUGGACGACUUGCCAGGGCGAGUGCGCCUCGAUCUCGAUGACCGCCCAGAUCAACAACAUCUACGCCACGGCCACGCUCUACACCUGCGACCCGACCCUCGUCUGCAGAACCCUUGGAAUCGUCAACAACUGCACGACGCUCGAGAACGGCGUGACCGGAUGCUGCUGCAACACUGGCGGAUGCCUCGACCCCAGCAAGUUCCCUCCACGUGUGAGUUUUCAAAAAAGUUCAACCAGAAGUAUAGGUUAAAAAGCGGAAGUAAUUUGCAGACCUGGUUUUUUUUUAUGACUGUAAUCGAAUUUUUCCAGACCCCCGGAAACCCGCUCCUCUGCUACGCCGGUAUCCAGUCCAACUACACGGUCAACGGCGCCCCUCUGAGUGUCGGAAGCGACGUCGUCUGUUCCGGAAAGUGCUCCUCGCUGAGCGGCAUGAUCAACGGCUACAUGGUCAACUCCUAUCACUGCGUGCCGAGCUCCAUCUGCCGUGGCCUCGAACUGUACGACUCCUGCAAGACGAUCCCAGGAGACCGCGCCAUCACCGGCUGCUGCUGCGACAACGUCAACAAUUGCAACAUCAAUGGAACCAACGUCAGCUUUUCCUGGAAUUUUCGCACGAAUUCUCCAUCUUUCAGAUCGUGCCAGCUCCUCCAGGCCCCAACGUUGACUACACUGUCGCCUGCUACAGCGGAGUCUACGUCAACGGCGUCGCCGCCACCGACAUUUCGUAUCGAACUCUUUAGAAAUAUCAGCUAGAUUUACGGACUUUAGGGUGAGCGCUUGCCAAGGACAGUGCGCUUCCAUCUCUUUGACCACCUCCUACAUGGGCCAAAACGGCACGGCUGUCCUCUACGGCUGUGAUCCGACCGCUGUCUGCGGUGCUCUCGGUCGGUUAUAGUCAAGAAAAAUGGAGUUUGAAAUGAUUCUACGUUUUUUGUUCUAGUCAAGGGAUACCUAGCAGUUUCAAAACUACUAAUGCAGUGCCUCUUUAGGGUCUUUGAGCUUUCAAAGCUCUGCUAAAAGGCGAAAUUCGCACUUUCUUCAGUGAAUUCCAAAUCAGUAUAUCCAAAAAAACAGAAUCUAGUCAAAUUUUGUUACCAUCGCCUUUUUCACCUCCCCGUGUCAAACAUUCCUGGCUCCUUAUCCCUUCGAAAACAAGAAAUUAAGGCAUGACCAACGGCUGCGCUAACCCCGAACCGGGAGUCCGCGGAUGCUGCUGCAACUCGGACCUUUGCCUCGACCCGACCAAGGGCGUGAUCACGCCGGCCAGCAGACGCGUCUGCUACGCCGGUAUCUACUAUCAGAACAAAGCCCAAGGAGGAGAGGUCGACUGCGACGGCACCUGCGCUUCCCUCAACGCCAACAUCAACGGCGAUCCGGUCACCGUGUUCGCCUGCGUGCCGCGACUCGUCUGCUCCAAGCUCGAGAUCUACGACGCCUGCAAGACCAUGCAACUCGACCGCGCCGUCACCGGAUGCUGCUGCGAGAACGGCGACAACUGCAACAUCAACCUCGCCGGAUUCAACGGCACCAUCACUCCGACGAGGAAGCCCACCAACCGUGGCGACUAUCCGAUCACCUGCUACUCUGGCGUUCAGUUCAACACCACCAGCACUAACUUCGUCUGGGGAGCUGAUGCUGGGUUAGUUUGAAUACGAAAAAAAACGAGUUUUUUUGGUUUGAGAAUUUGGUCAAAACUUUGUAAACUUGUUAUUCACAGGCCAUUUUUCGAACGAAAACAGAAAUUUCUUAUCACAGUCUUAAAGCAAAGCUAAAGAUUUUCUCAUCUUUUUGAAGGGUCAUUACUUGUAAUCUCUAACUAUAGAACUAAUACAUAUAAAAAUGUUCAGAUGGCAAGCGUGCCAAGGCUCGUGUGCCUCGGUCAGUUUGACGACGACGUUCAACAACACCUUGACGACGGCCACCAUCUACUCCUGCGACCCGGUCGAUGUCUGCGUCAGCCUCAACGUCUACAACAACUGCUCGACGAUCGAGAACGGACUCACCGGCUGCUGUUGCCAGACCGACGCCUGCCUCGACCCCACCAAGACGCCGCCCAAGACUCCCGGAAACCCUCUGAUGUGCUACGUCGGAAUCAAGUCCGUCGGCCCUCAAAACAUCAACGUCGGCGCGGAGACCUUCUGCUGGGACGGCCAGUGCGCCUCGCUCAACGGCCAGGUCGGCCAGAACAACGUCACCGUCUACUCCUGCGUCAGCAACCUCGUCUGCAAGUCAGUAUCACAAAGAAAAACUCUCAUGUCAUCGAAAAAUCUUGCGUAGAGAAGACACUCGAAGUCGCGUUCAGAGUAAUUCCGGAAACUCAAAACGAUUGUCAGCAAUCUGAUAGAUAACAAUAAUUUUUGGAUUUUCAAAGGCCCUUUGGAGGUUCCCAAAAUUACUGUGAAUGAGGCUCAAAGUUAGAAAAACUCAGACUAGCCUCAAUCGAGUUAUAUGCCAUUAUCAGAAAAAAACAUACCUUUGCUGUUUUUCGAGCUUUUUGUUCGCACGAACUUCUUUUGACCGCUCAAUUUUGCAGGACCCUCCAGAUCUUCGACACUUGCGCUCAGAUGCCGCUCGACCGCGACAUCACCGCCUGCUGCUGCGACAACUACAACAACUGCAACGUCAAGAACGACUCUUCGGCAAGCAAAUCUUCCGAAAAACCUUCUCAAUCCACCCUUUCUCAGAUCACCAUCGGUCCAGUCACGCCGUUCGGAGACUUCCCGAUCGCCUGCUUCCAAGGUCUCGUCGCCAACGGAAACCCCGUCACCCCGCUCGCGUAGGACCUUACUGAACCUCUAGAGAAAUCCGGAGUUUGUUCAGUUUGUCGCAAUGCUGGGGACAGUGCGCCUCCAUCAACAUCACCACCACCCUGAACAAUGGAACCAAUACCGCCACCCUCUACACCUGCGACCCGACCGCCGUCUGCCAGCAACUCAGUCCGUUCUAAGUUUAAAAAGAAUUGGGAAACGUCCAAAAAUCAGCUCUUUUCUUUAGAUUGAAAAGGAAAAGGUCAAAAAUUAAAAUCAUACUUUCAUUGGAAAAACCCAUGAUUUUUCUGCUCUACUUCCAUUUUCCUGGAUUUAAAAAUGGCCAACUUUGAAAAGCAAAUGACAACUUUUUGUUACUCUUUGAAGAUUUUGCUUCAUUUUAACAUCAGCCUAUCUUGUUUCAGUUUGUCAAAGAUCGAUUGAAUGUGACGACUUCUGUACUUCAACGUACUUUGUUUCAGACAUGACCAACGGCUGCGCGACCCCCGAACCAGGAAUCACCGGCUGCUGCUGCGACUCUGACGCCUGCAUCAACCCCUACACCAACACCUACCCUGGUCCGUUGGCCUGCUACGUCGGAGCCUACACGGCCGACGGAAAGAUCAACGCCGGCGCCACGGUUCCUUGCGACGGCUACUGCGGCUCCAUCAACACCACCUACAACGGCGUCCUCUACAAGACCUACCACUGCGUCCCGAAAACCAUUUGCCAGUGAGUCCAAGUUGCGAUUGGAAUGGAAGAGAAUGGGUUCCAAUCAUACGUGGGCCAGUUUAAAUAUUAACUAGUUCAGAAGGCUUAAAAAGGAUUGGCUUAAAAAUUAGGCUUUUUAUUAUGCGAAAAUAUUAGAAGCCUUUAAAAUAUUCUGCCCAUUUAUGAUAACAAAGGUCGCCUGUUAUUACUGAUGUACUUCUACUCGAACCUUUUUGCAGCACGCUGGAGGUGAACAACGUCUACAGGACGAUCUCGACCGACCGCGACAUCACGGCCUACUGCUGCACGACCGGCACCAACUGCCACGUCACUGAACCCGCCGUCAAGGCCGGCAACGUCACCUACCCGGAUCCGAACACGAAGGUCGUCGCCUGCCUCUCCUCGAUCUACCUCAACGGCGCCUCCGUCACCGGCGACGUCUACACGGGUUGCCGAGGAAGCUGCGCCUCGAUCACCUACAACACGACCCUCAACGGCGCCCCCAACGUCGCCACUCUCUACACUUGCGAUCCCACCUCCGUCUGCAGUGCAAUGAGUUCGUUUCUGUGCUUCUUUCAGGGACACAAGAGAGCCUAAUCACCCCAUUCAGUCUUGAGAGAUUCCUUGAAAAAAAAAAGUCCUGAAAACACGGAUACCUUUCCGAAAGAAACAGGUUAAUAACUUAUUCAGUUUUAAUUAUUUCUGAAUUUGGACUAAAACUCAAGCGUUGACACAGAUUUUUGCAAGAAACACCGUAACUGAAACGAAUUGCAGACUUGCAAAACAACUGCGUGACACUGGACGCCGGCCUGUCGGGCUGCUGCUGCAACAGCGACGUCUGCGUCGCGCCCGGACUGACGCCCGCGCCCGGAGGCUCAGCCUCUGGACUCGGCGCCGCGCUCUUCACCGCCCUCGUCGCUGUAUAUAUCGCCCUCUGGCAGCAAUGA